AUAAACAUUUUAUUUAAAUUCUGAUUUCUGAAUAUCAUGAUUCUUGGUGUUCUUGUAAUUUAAUAAUUUAUUUAUCUGCCGCAGAUUAGAAAAAACCGAAAUUGUGUUAUUCCGCUUCCUCUUUUGAGUGUUUUAUUAAAUUAAUUUCUUUUAGAUUUUCUCCUUAUUAACAAUGGCUUUGAACUACAGUUCCAUCGACGAUAACGAUGCCUUUUCGUUCAGGAAUCUUGAAAGAAAUGCAAAAAUUGAAAAAAUGGGACUCAAAAUGCCGAGUUUCCGAAAAACUGGUACUACAAUUGUGGGUGUAACUACUCGUGAUUGUGUUAUUUUGGCUGCGGAUACACGUGCAACAUCUGACACAAUAGUUAUGGAAAAAAAUUGUGAAAAAAUUCAUUAUAUUGGCAAAUACAUGCAUUGCUGUGGUGCCGGUACAGCAGCAGACACUAUGCAAGUUACUCGCAUGGUAUCUGCCAAUGUUUCAUUGCAAGCAUUCAAGUUUCCUGAUGAAAUGGUUCCUGUUGCAUUCGCUGCUAGGUCGCUUCGUCAGUAUCUCUUCAAAUACAUGGGAUAUGUUUCAGCCGCUUUAAUUUUAGGUGGCAUUGAUAACAGUGGUGCACAUUUAUACUCAAUUUAUCCUCAUGGUUCAAUUGAUAAAUUACCUUAUAUAUCUAUGGGAUCAGGAAGUAUGGCAGCCAUUUCUGAACUCGAAAGCCGUUGGAAUGAAAAUCUAACAGAAGAAGAAGGCAUGAAACUAGCGUGUGAUGCAAUUUUGGGUGGUGUAUUUAAUGAUCUUGGUUCUGGAAGUAAUGUAGACCUAUGUGUUAUCAAAAAAGAUGGGACUCGUAUGCUUAGGAACUAUCUGACACCCAAUAAGAAACCGGCUACUGCCAAAUAUGUCUAUCCAUCUGGUUUAACCAAGGUUUUAUGCAAAAGUGAAAUAAAGUUUGAAAUUGCAGAGGAAACUGUCAUGGAAGUUGAUGCUUAAAAUUUUCAAUCAUACAAUACGAUAUAAUAAGAUCCAAUUAUGAAUAUUAAUUUUAUAUACAUUUUCUAGUUAUCCACAGUUUUUUUGUAUUUUGGUGGCAAAAUACAUUUUUAUUUAUGUGAAAUACUGAUAUCUAAGUGUAAUUAAAAUUAUAUUUUUUAAAGAGAAGUUAUAUUAUUUUUGUUUUCAAACAAGUUUAUGAGUUGAGAUUUAUCUUAUAAAGUGGGCAUUGUUAAAUUGUUCUAUAUUCAUAACUUGCAUUAAAAUUAAAAUAUAUUAAUAACCGAAAGCA